AUGGAAAUCCUCUUCAAGACGAGCGGUGUUGCCAAGUCGAACCCUUCAAUUAGAGCUUCGAAAUCCAAAAGCUCCGGAUUCGCUUGCCCCUCUUUCCCCCUGCAAAAUUUGCUCACCCCAACACCUCCCGCAACUCCCUCCAUUCCCCAUCUCGAGGGCCAGGGCGUGGUCAUGGGCCUGAUGGCGGAUAUCGUCCGGCAUGAGCUCCGCCUCCGCCUGGUACUGGCAGAUGGGAAAGGCGCCGCCGUCGGGGAUGGAACCAGUGAGUGGUUGUUCGUCGGGGAUCUUGGAGGUGGGUCCAGCGCCGUCGUCCUUCAUCGGUCAGUGAUUUAUAGGCGCAGAGGCUCUACAAAUUGCAGAAAUCUUAGCUCUGAAAAGGAGUUAGGGAAAGAGAGGAACCCUAGCGCCAUUAGUGGAAAAAUCGAGAUCUCUGUUGGGAGAGCCGUGAGUCGAUUGCACUUUGUCUGA